AUGUCGCAAAAGGCAGAGAAGAACCGACUCUACAAGGUCCUCGAGAUCGAGGCCUCUGCAACAGAAACCGAAAUCAAGAAGGCUUACCGAAAACUUGCUAUGAAAUAUCAUCCUGAUAAAAACGCGCACAAUCCUGAGGCAGCUGAAAAAUUCAAAGAAAUUGGUCAUGCUUACGAAAUUUUGUCCGACCCCCAGAAGCGAAGUGUCUACGACCAAUAUGGCGAGGAGGGCUUGUCUGGUGAUGGCGGUAUGGGGGGUGGAAUGUCUGCUGAGGAUUUAUUCUCUCAGUUCUUCGGUGGUAUGGGUGGUGGUAUGGGCGGUAUGUUCGGCGGAGGCGGAAUGCAGCAGCAGGGUCCUAAGAGGAGCCGGGAUAUCGUCCAUGUUCACAAGGUAUCUCUUGAAGAUCUUUACAAGGGUAAGGUCUCAAAGCUCGCACUGCAAAAGAGUGUCUUGUGCUCCAAGUGCGAAGGUCGCGGCGGAAAGGAAGGCGCAGUCAAGAAGUGUACCGGUUGUAAUGGUCAGGGUAUGAAGACCAUGAUGCGCCAGAUGGGACCAAUGAUCCAGAGGUUCCAGACUGUUUGCCCGGACUGCAACGGUGACGGAGAAAUCAUCAAGGAGAAGGAUAAGUGCAAGGGCUGCCACGGAAAGAAGACUAUCACCGAGCGCAAGGUUCUCCACGUACACGUUGAUAAGGGUAUGCAAGAUGGGCAAAAGAUUACCUUCAAUGGGGAAGGAGAUCAAGGCCCAGAUAUCAUUCCCGGAGAUGUCAUCUUUGUCAUCGAGCAAAAGCCUCACCCAAGAUUCCAAAGAAAAGGAGAUGAUCUCUACUAUCACGCCGAAAUCGACCUACUCACCGCCUUGGCCGGUGGCUCUAUCGCCGUUGAGCAUCUUGACGAGCGUUGGUUGACAGUAUCCAUCACUCCUGGUGAAGUUAUUAGUCCAGGUUCCGUCAAAGUAGUACGUGGCCAAGGUAUGCCAUCAUACCGUCAUCACGAUCAUGGUAACCUUUACAUUCAAUUCGAUGUGAAAUUCCCUCCGGACCACUUCAACACCCCAGAGCAAAUUGCUCUUCUCGAAACUAUCUUACCACCAAGGAAUCUGCCUGAAAUCCCACCGGAUGCCAUGGUAGACGAUGUUGCCUUGGAGGAGGUUGAUCAAAGCCAGCAAGCACGUGUGCAGGCUUCUGCGCAAGGUAUGGACGAAGAGGACGAUGGUCACCCGGGUGGUGAGAGAGUCCAGUGUGCGUCGCAGUAA